AUGAAACUUGCGUAUAAAGCUCAUUGUGUCCUUACUUUUUUCUCUUACAUUUUGACACCAAAUGGAGCACAUCAGCCUGUUUCUCAGGCUACUAUGUUCAUCUUUCUUUCUCAUUUCAGCAGCCACCAACACUUAUGGUUACACAAACGAGACGGACCGCGAAGCCUUGCUUGCCAUCAAGGAUCAAAUACAGGACGAUCCCUCCAGGGUUCUAAGCUCGUGGAGCGAUUCUCUCCAUUUCUGCGAUUGGCAUGGAGUCACCUGCAGUGAUCAGAAUCAAAGAGUGACCGGCCUAAACAUGUCGUCGCUUAAAAUGGUAGGCUCAUUGUCUCCUCACGUAGGAAAUUUAACUUUCCUUACCAUGGUCAAUCUUGAGGACAACUUCUUCCAUGGCACAAUCCCUCAAGAAAUUGGGAGAUUGUCUCGCCUCCAAAAUCUUCGUCUGGCCAAUAACUCGUUCCAUGGGACGAUCCCCACUAACCUGACUCGUUGUUCGGACCUUCAAGUCAUUGAUGUAAACGGAAAUGAUCUUGAAGGGACAAUUCUCGUCGAGUUCAACGCCUUGUCCAAGCUCCAACAAUUGAGUCUUUCCAGAAAUCGUUUCUCGGGGAAAAUUCCACCUUCAUUGGGGAAUCUCACCUCGCUGCGUGUAUUCUCGCUGUCUGAUAACAAUCUACAAGGAAGCAUUCCUGUUGAGCUUGGAAAGCUCUCCAACUUACAAGCCUUCCAGGUGACUUUAAAUCAAUUGUCCGGUACAAUUCCCGCGCAGUUUUACAACAUCUCUUCCAUCGAAAUCUUUGCUGUGAACUACAAUCUGUUCACUGGACAUCUCCCAUCAAGCUUAGGCCUGAAUCUCCCGAAACUCCACUCAUUUUUGGCUGAAAAAAACAGAUUCUCCGGAUCCAUUCCUGCGUCAUUUGCGAAUGCUACCGGAAUUGUGAAAAUCUAUCUCGGAGGAAAUGUUUUCAAUGGGCCAAUACCGCUGGAGUUGGGAAGCCUCCAGGAACUACUAGCCUUGCAUUUAGGCGGGAAUCCACUUCGAACUGAAGCAAGCAAAGACUUCAGCUUUCUCACCUCCUUCACCAACUGCACAAAGUUGAGAGCACUGAGCUUAUAUGAAAUUGGCUUUGAAGGUGCGUUGCCUAAUUCCAUCGCGAAUCUAUCCACCACUCUCACAUCACUAUAUUUGCAUGACAACUAUAUAUCUGGAAGCAUACCUGUUGGGAUUGUGAACCUUGUCAACUUGGCCGUGCUCAAAAUAAGCAAUAACAAGCUCACGGGUAGGAUUCCAGAUUCGAUUGGAAAACUUACCAGGUUGCAUACACUCAACAUUUCAUCAAACAAAAUCUCUGGAAGAAUUCCAUCCUCCAUCGGCAACAUUACACGACUAAGCAUACUUGCUUUACAACAAAAUGUGCUAGAAGAUAGCAUACCGGCUUCAUUGGGUAAUUGCAGAAUCAUUGAAGUAGUAAAUCUUUCCCACAACCACCUCACUGGUCCCAUUCCCGAACAAAUUUUCCAUCUGUCUUCCGUUACACGUUGGCUCUACUUAGCUAGAAAUCGUUUGAACGGAUCAUUACCAUCUCAGGUGGGGGACAUGAAAAAUCUUGAGGUGUUGGACAUUUCAGAAAACAAGCUCUCUGGUGAAAUUCCAAACGCUCUUGGCGAUUGUCUGAAAUUGGAAUCCCUCUACAUACAAAGCAAUUCCUUCAGAGGAAGUGUACCUUCGACUUUUGAACUAUUAAAAGGCAUUCAAGUCAUGGAUCUUUCUGGUAACAAUUUGUCCGGGCAGAUUCCAAGGUUUUUCGGUGAGUAUCCUUUUAUUAAAAAGCUCAAUCUUUCGUAUAAUAUGUUCGAGGGUGAAGUUCUAAAGGAGGGAAUGUUUAUGAACGUUAGUGUGUUUUCGGUUGAGGGAAAUAACAAGCUCUGUGGAGGAAUUGAGGCGUUGCAAUUGCCCGAAUGUCCUGCCACACACUUGACGAAAGGUACUACUCCUAAAAUAGUAGUUGUAACUUGUGUUGUGAUUGGCAUUUUGUCAAUAGCAUGUGGUGGUGCUAUUCUUUACCGAAUCAGAAGACAGAAACAAGAACGCAGAAGGCACAAACCGGAACCGGAUUUGCCCUCAUCACCAGAGUCAACAAUAUUCAAGAUGAUCAAGUAUCCAAAACAUUCUUAUGCAGAACUUCUUCGAGCCACCAAUGGGUUCUCUCCAGUCAGCUUAAUUGGUGAGGGAACAUACGGUUCGGUUUAUAAAGGGACUCUCGAUCGUGAUAACCAAACUGUUGUUGCUGUGAAGGUUCUGAACCAACAAGAAGAAGGAGCCAAAAAGUGUUUCAUGGCUGAAUGCAAGGCAUUGAGUAACAUUCGCCACCGGAAUAUUGUCAAGCUCAUUACAGCUUGCACAAGCAUGGAUUACAAGGGCAACGAGUUCAGCGCUUUGGUUUACGAGUUCAUGCCGAAUGGGAGUUUAGAAAGUUGGCUACAUCCACACCCAUCUGACCAGCAUCCCUCAAGGAGCCUAAACUUGGUCCAGAGGCUAAAUGUUGCCAUUGAUGUGGCCUCUGCAUUGGAUUAUCUUCACAAUUAUUGCGAAACACCAAUUGUCCAUCGUGACUUGAAGCCGAGCAACAUUCUCCUAGAUGAUGACCUCUGUGCCCACAUAGGCGAUUUCGGCCUUGCAAGGUUUCUUUUCGCCUCCACCGGUAAUCCCUAUCGUGGGCAAAAGAGUUCAAUUGGGAUAAAUGGAACGGUGGGAUACGUCGCUCCAGAGUAUGGUUUAGGUGGGGAGGUGUCAACAAAAGGUGAUGUAUAUAGCUAUGGAAUCAUCUUGCUAGAGAUGUUUACUAGAAAAAGGCCCACCAGCGGCAUGUUUUUGGACAAUUUUAGCCUCCAGAACUACGCCAAGAUGGCCCUCCCAGCGCGGGUGACAGAAAUAGUCGAUCCCCUACUUGUACUGGAACAGGAAGAUGAGUCGAAAAGAGAUGAAAAAAGUGGAAGAGGUGACAUUGGCGCAUUAGAGAAUUGUUUGGCAAUGAUUCUUCAAAUUGGAGUCGUAUGUUGUGCUGAAUUGCCAAGACAAAGAAUGUAUAUUAGAGAUGUUCUUGCAGAACUGCAUGAUAUCAGGAAUGCAUAUUUAAGUAUUGGAGCAGAGAAGGAGAAGAAAAUACAGAAUUAAGUAUAGUAGCUUAGAACACAUGACAUAGAGAGACUUCUGUAUAUGUUUAAUGUUUUUGUGAAACAGAAACACUUUUUAUAUCUAUCAUUCAAACAAAAAGGCUGAGAAGUUUGCACUGA